UACAGUAGAUAAUACAAUGACAUAUGCAAUGCGCUCGGGAAAGAACGAGCGCAACAGAAGACAAGGAUGGAGCAUUGAUGGUAGUGAAAGCAAGGCUACAGUGACAUUUAGCUAGUCAGCUGGCGAUGUACUGUUAGGAAGAUGUAUAUGGGUCUAUAUUUUAAAAUGCUCUUAUGUUCUUAGCUAUAUCCGAUUUCAAUGCGUGGGUGGGCUUAAGGACAUGAUGUUUCACAUUUUAAAGAGCUAGUCAGUAGUUUAAAGACUUUGAGGAAAGAACAUGGACAAGAUCCUGGAGGCUGUGAUGAUGUCGCCUCACUCCAAGGUAGUGAAGCAGGGGAUGGUGAGGCGGGUGGUGGAGUCGGCUGCGCAGCCACUGGACGGCUCGCAGUGCCGGGCCAUGUUCCACGUGUCCACCAGGCUCUUCCUGCUCGGCGAGUCGCAGUUCAAGCGCGAUGCCGGGCGUGAGGUCCUGGAGGCCUUCGCCCGCCACCACCGGCCCCAGUUCGAGGAGUUCUUUGAGGUGCGCUUCGUCCUGGGGCUCCUCCGCAACGGCUACCCGCCCGUGGGCAGGCGCAGCCCGCAGAUCUUCCUUUACCUGGAGAUGGGGCUGCGCUGCCUGGCCGACGCGCCCUCCGCUCCGGACCUCUUCCACCUGCUGCAGAUAGAGGUUCUGCGCAUCGUGUGCGAGCGCCCAGGCCCAGAGCUCUGCGAACAGCUCUCCCGUCUGCUCAGCCGGUGCCCGCGCUGCGUGCCCAGCGGCAACCUGCAGACCGUCUUCUGCCAGCAGCUCAUCCAGACCAUCCGCCUCUUCCAGUGCCAGAGUCAGCAGGACGACGACAUCGUCGUCUUCCUGGAGCGCGUCACAAAGACCAGCGGCAUGCUGCAGACCGUCUGGAGGGCCAACGUUGCCGCCAUCUUGCCCUCUCUCAAGGAGCUCUUCAUUGUCAUCUCCACACCCGGAGAAGUACCCUCCAAUGCCCUGGCUAGUGUGGUGCAAUAUGUGCCUCUGGAGUUGAUGGAAGGAGCAGUGCGCAAUCUCACCAAUGACAAGAACAUCUCUGAUGCACAGAUGCUGACUGCUAUCUGCAGAAUGAUUGACUGGUUGUCAUGGCCAUUCACAAAGAACACAGACAAGUGGGCGAUUGCUCUGAUGAAGGGGGUGGCGGUGGUGAAGAAGUGUGUGAUCCUGAUUGAAGUGACUCUUGCUAAGAUUGAGGAGGUUUUUGCAAAGUUGUUUUACCCGAUUGUGCGAGAGGGGGCGCUCUCCGUGCUGUCCUACCUGCUGCUCAGCUUCCAGCAGUCUCCUGAAGCAUUCCACUUGCUCCUCCCCCAGAUCCCACCUCUGGUCUCCUGUCUGUCGGCCGAGGGUUCAGACUCCGCCCAGCAGUGCCUGCGGCAGCUGGUGGAGCUCGCCCACUGCCUCCUCUUCCGCUUCACUGGCUUCCCUGACCUUUACCAGCCCGUAUUGGAGGUCAUCAAGGACUUCCCCAGUCCCAGUGAAGAACGGGUGAAACAGGUGCUGAGCGAGGGAGCAUGGACCGCCCAGCGGGCCGACCAGGUGUCCCUCUGUCACCGGCUCACCCCAAAAUCUGAGACAGGAAAAACCGGCCUGGUCAACCUGGGAAACACCUGCUACAUGAACAGUGUCAUACAGGCUCUGUUCAUGGCCUCUGACUUUAGACUUGCAGUGAUGGCUUUGAAAAACUGUGACCUUCUCCCCCUCAUGGGAAAGCUGCAGAGGCUGUUUGCAUUUCUUGAACAUAGCCAGCGCCCAGCUAUUUCUCCAGACACCUUCUUGGCAGCAUCUACCCCUGAUUGGUUCAAUCCUGGCAGCCAACAGGACUGUUCCGAGUACCUGAAGUACCUGCUCGACAGACUCCAUGAAGAAGAGAAGAAGAGCAGUCAGAAGGUGCGUGGCCAGCCGGAGAACCAGGCCGGCGACACGCUGAUCAAACGCAUGUUCGGCGGUAAGAUGGUGACCCGCAUCCGCUGCCUGCGGUGCCAGAACGUCUCGCAGAAGGAGGAGGCAUUCAGCGACCUGUCCCUGGCCUUCCCCCCCCCGAACCACCGCCGGGACGGCAGCUUCAUCCUCAGCCCUUCCCCCGCACUGGCAGAGGGGGCGGAGCCCCGAGGCACAAGCCCCUCCCGCCCAGAGAGGCAGGAGGAGCGCGGGGUGAGGGUCAUCAAAGUGGAAACGGUGGGUUCCCUGGACCAGGCAACAAACAAGGGGUUCGGCGGAGCCCCCCUCCCAGCCUGGGCCCCGCCGGAGCGCCCCAAUUCGCCGGCCUCACUGUCAGUCCCCGACCUCAUCAAUUUCUUCCUGACACCCGAGAUGCUGACCGGCGACAACAAGUACCGGUGCCAGCGGUGCUCGUCGCUGCAGAACGCGGAGAAGGUGGUGGAGGUGACGGAGGGGCCGCACUACCUCAUCCUCACCCUCCUCCGCUUCUCCUUCAGCCUGACCACCAUGCGCCGGAGGAAGAUCCUGGACAACGUCUCCAUCCCGCUGGUCCUGAAGGUCCCCGUCCGACUGCCCUCCAGGGGCCCGGAGUCCGUGGGGGCCCGGGAGGUGGGCUCAGGGCCGGAGGUAGAGAGAGAGGGCAGCGCCUACGUCUCCCUGACCUACGAUCUGGCCAGCGUGGUGGUGCACUCAGGCCUGUCGUCGGAGAGCGGCCACUAUUACUGCUAUGCGCGGGAGUGCGACGGAAGCGAGAAGCCUCCCGGAGGGGGCGCCAGGGAGUCGGGUUGGGACGACCCCGCCUGGGCCACGCCCGCCGGGGGGGCGGAGGGGACGCAGUGGUACCUGUUCAACGACACGCGCGUCUCCUACUCCAGCUUUGAGGCCGUCGGCAACGUGACCGCCCACUUCCCCAAGGACACGGCAUACGUGACGUUGUACCAGCUCCGCCCGACGCACCGGGCGGAGCCGGGCGACUGCCGCGUCGUGGCAACAGAGGAGCUGCAUGGGAGUGAGCCUCUGGAGAGAGAGCUGGUGGAGGCCAUCGCUAAAGAUAACACUCUGCACCUGCAGGAGCAGGAGAGGGGAGUGAGACACAGGGCGGCCCUGUCCCCCUCCGCGGCAGAGCCUCCGGUGUGGCUGAAAGACCCACGGAGGAGGGAACGGUGGCUGAUGCCCGAAUCAGGGACUGAAGAGGACAAGAUGGCGGGGUGCUGGGAGCAGGUCGGGGUGCCAGCCUUGUGAGGACUGAAGGCCAGACUGGCCAGCCAAGGACUUGGGGAAUCGCAGGUGUAGCCUCCCCAGGGCUCAGAGUGCCUUUCCGUUAGACUAAUGUGUCAGGCAGUGGGUUUAUUAUAGCAAACUGUUGUGCCUAGCUUCUACUGCUUUUACACAUUAGCUCACUGUACUGUAUAUUUACGGAAGUACUGUUGGGACUGUUUAUAAGAAAAAACACACUUGCUAGUUACAUGGCUUGAGGCACUGUUAUUUAUUAUAGACAGAAGCAGUCACCUGUACAUUGUGGUAAUUGCAGGUACAAAUAAAAAUGUAACUGUAUAUAAAACUA